AUGGGUGGCAACUAUAAUGAAGCGUUGCAGCAUAAAAUGAGGGAGCCUAACCUUGGAGCGAAGCUACUCAUGGGUGGUGCUGGUGUGCAAAAGACUAGGAUAGAGAUUGCGACAGCUUUAAAUAACAUGGAUGUCAGUAGCGAUUAUGCACUGAAAGUACGACUUGAGAUUGAAGAACAAUGUUCAGAGGCAGAGCUUUACAUUCAAAGUUUCAUUUCUUAA